ACCCGGCAGAGAGGCCAGGGUUUCGACCGAGCGCAGAAGCACUCCGCUUCCCGCCGCCCCAUCCCUCGCGGCAGAGCUCAAGGGGGUCCCCUCCCUCGGGGAGGAGUAGGACGAGCUCCAAAGGUGAUGGAGGAUUCUGGGGAGCGUGCUCCCAGGCAGGAAGGGCAGGCUACCCUGGGGAGCUGGGUUCGACUCAGAGAACGCGAGUCCCAGGCCCCCCAGGGAAGGAGACUCGGUCUGAAAGAUGCUGCAUUCCUGCCAGCCUCUCUGGGUCCAGCAGAACACAAUCUCCUUCACGGUGAUGUGGAUGAGGGGGUGACAGAGGACACUGCCUGCCUCUGAAGUCUCCGGAGGAUCCAGGCCAGGCAGGUGAGACCCAGGUCUGGGACUUCAGGUGCAGUUUGGUGUAGAGUUCAUGAAAGGUGCUUGAAUUUCUCCAGCUUCCUUCACCAACAUUCAACAGACUGGUUUGGGUUUCAGAAUCUGAGAGGAGCUGGUAGAAAGGAAAGCUGGCAGAGGUACAGAGAAGUCCCUACAAGCCUCUCGAAUCUACUGUUGGGAUCCCUUCAUACUGCUUGGGACUGGGAGGGCAGCUCCCAGGCUGCCAGAGGCUGCCAUACCACUAGACUUUGGACCAUCAAAAGGAAAGGAACAUAGCUCAGCAACGGCUGCACAUUUGAGCCAGAAGGAACCUCUUAUAACAAAGAAUUUAAACGGGAGAGUUUCUGCAUCUUUACUUUGUGGUCCAUCAUGAGAGAAAACUUUCCAUUCACAUAGAUAAUGGGACUGGGUUUUCUUUCCAAAAUACUGUAUUUGAAAGAAUCAUGAGCCAUUCUAAGCUUCCAGGGAGGCUCAGGGCACAUAGGAGUUGGUGGACGGCCUUCCCAGGGCAAGGCUAAGGGGACAGCCUGAGCCUCCAACUUCUGCAGCUCAGCGGGUAUGGACAGAUGCCACUCUUGUCUCCAGAGAGCCGGUGGCAGUGACAUCACCAGGAGAAAAGGCAUCCUUCAGCCUUGGGACUUGACAGAAUGAGGAGGGCUGGGGAAGUCAGGAGCUGGGACUCAGUCUUUCCCGACUGCCCCUCUGUCCCACGGGCAGCGCCUGACCACUGAGCCAACCAUGGCCGAGAAGGGUGGCUGCCUCGCCAGCGUCUACGGCUAUGACCUGGGCGGGCGCUUCGUUGACUUCCAGCCCCUAGGUUUCGGCGUCAAUGGGCUGGUGCUGUCCGCCGUGGACAGCAGGGCCCGCCGGAAGGUGGCAGUGAAGAAGAUCACCCUGAGUGAUGCCCGAAGCAGGAAGCACGCGCUCCGGGAGAUCAAGAUUAUCCAGCGCCUGGACCACGACAACAUCGUGAAGGUGUACGAGGUGCUGGGGCCCCAGGGCACCGACCUGCAGGGUGAGCUGUUCAAGUUCAGCGUGGCCUACAUCGUCCAGGAGUACAUGGAGACCGACCUGGCACGCCUGCUGGAGCAGGGCACGCUGACCGAGGAGCACGCCAAGCUGUUCAUGUACCAGCUGCUCCGGGGGCUUAAGUACAUCCACUCUGCCAAUGUGCUGCACCGGGACCUGAAGCCCGCCAACAUCUUCAUCAGCACCGAGGACCUCGUGCUCAAGAUUGGGGAUUUUGGGUUGGCGAGGAUCGUUGAUCAGCACUAUUCACACAAGGGCUACCUGUCAGAAGGCCUGGUAACGAAGUGGUACCGCUCACCACGCCUACUCCUCUCCCCUAACAACUACACCAAAGCCAUCGACAUGUGGGCCGCCGGCUGUAUCCUGGCUGAGAUGCUCACGGGCAGGAUGCUCUUUGCUGGGGCUCACGAGCUGGAGCAGAUGCAGCUCAUCCUGGAGACCGUCCCCGUGAUCCGGGAGGAGGACAAGGACGAGCUGCUCAAGGUGAUGCCUUCCUUCGUCAGCAGCACCUGGGAGGUGAAGCGGCCGCUGCGCAAGCUGCUCCCGGAAGUGAACAGCGAAGCCAUCGACUUUCUGGAGAAGAUACUGACCUUUAACCCCAUGGAUCGCCUGACUGCCGAGAUGGGGCUGCAGCACCCCUACAUGAGCCCGUACUCUUGCCCGGAGGAUGAGCCCACCUCACAGCACCCCUUCCGCAUCGAGGAUGAGAUUGACGACAUCCUGCUGAUGGCCGCCAGCCAGAGCCAGCUCUCCAACUGGGACAGGUACCCCGUGAGCCUGUCGUCGGACCUGGAGUGGCGGCCCGACCGGUGCCAGGACACGAGCGAGGGGCAGCGUGACCCACGCGCGGGGUCGGCGCCGCUGGUGGAGGACGUGCAGGUGGACCCGCGCAAGGACUCGCAGAGCAGCUCCGAGCGCUUCCUGGAGCAGUCACACUCGUCCAUGGAGCGCGCCUUCGAGGCCGACUACGGGCGCUCCUGCGACUACAAGGUGGGCUCGCCGUCCUACCUGGACAAGCUGCUGUGGCGCGACAGCAAGCCGCACCACUACUCGGAGCCCAAGCUCAUCUUGGACCUGUCGCACUGGAAGCAGGCAGCCGGCGCGCCCCCCGCUGCCGGGGUGGCCGGCGUGGCUGCGGUGACCGCGGACCCCGGGCCGCGAGACGACGAGCCGGCCAGCCUCUUCCUGGAGAUUGCGCAGUGGGUCAAGAGCACGCAGGGCUGCCCUGAGCGCGGCGCCAGCCCGCCCCCCGACGGCCCAGAGCGCCGCCGGUCCCCACCCGGCCGCCCGGCCCCCAUCGAUGGGGGCGCCAGCCCGCAGUUCGACCUGGACGUGUUCAUCUCCCGCGCCCUGAAGCUCUGCACCAAGCCCGAGGACCUGCCGGACAAUAAACUGGGCGACCUCAACGGCGCGUGCAUCUCCGAGCACCCCGGCGACCUCGUGCAGACCGAGGCCUUCUCCAAAGAAAGGUGGUGAGGGCAGAGGGGCGCUCCAGCCCGUCCCCCCGGAAACCAUCCAGGGAAAGCCAGCCCUGGCCCGAGGGGACCGCCCCCCUGACACCUCCACCAGCCCUUCCACCCCCUCUCUGCUGCCCUGGGGUUAGCGGAACAGGAAGGAUCCGAGGAGCGAGAGGAAUGUCCAUUUCUUAAACUGCCUUAAUAACUAGCCUUUAACCUCUGGGAGCGUGUUUGAACAGGAGCCUAUUUUGGGGGGUGGGGGGUUGAUCACUUUCCCAGCAAAGAAGAGGCCCUUGUGUUUUUAUCAGCGGUGGUGCGCAGGGCAGAAAGGUCUUAGCAGUCAACAGGCCCCACCUGGGUGGCUGCCUGGAGAGGAGCCUGGCAGAGAGGGUUGGAACUCUCUAGUCCAAGCAGCCUCAGCUCACAGAUGAGAAACACAGUGAGGUCCAGAGAAGCCAAGUGACUUGUUAAUGAGAUCGGGGCCUAGCCGUGUCAGGGCAAGCCUUGAAUCCCAGUCUCCUGGCCCCCAGGCCAGUGUCUAUCCAUCUGUCCACUAAACAAUGUCUUCCUCUACUGGGGUCACUCUGGCCUUUUUGUCAGAAAACUUGGUUCAAGACGUUUCUUCCCUGUCCAUUACCAGCUUACCCAUUCUGUGUGCUUUUACUCAGAGCCGUGUCCUGUGAAUUCUGAAAUUGGACAUUGAGCCAGCUUCCUUCCCCUUGUCAACAAGCAUAUAUUUUUUUUUUCCUGGCUCUCAUGGCACCCCACUCCAGUACUCUUGCCUGGAAAAUCCCAAGGAUGGAGGAGCCUGGUAGGCUGCGGUCCAUAGGGUUGCUAAGAGUCGGACAUGACGAG